AACGGCCGCGCGCGGGGCACGCCGGGAGUUGUAGUCCGGCCCCACACGCAGUGCCGGCGGCGGUACCGGCAUGGCGGGGCUGGAGCUGGUGUCGGACGCGGGGUUCCGGGCGGACGGGCGGCGGCCGGACGAGCUGCGCAAGGUGCGGGCCCGGCUCGGGGUGCUGGCCCGGGCCGACGGCUCGGCCUACCUGGAGCAGGGCAACACCAAGGUGCUGGCGGCCGUGUACGGCCCGCACGAGGUUCGGGGGUCCCGAGCCAAGGCCCCCCUGGACCGGGCCCUGCUCAGUGUCCGCUGCAGCUCGGCCCCGUUCGCGGGGGGCGGCGAGCGGCGCCGGCGGCCGGCGCAGGGCGGGACCGACCGCAGAUCGGGGGAGCGAGCGCUGCUGCUGCGGGGCGUGCUGGAGGGAGCCGUGCUCAGCCAGCUCUACCCGCGCUCACAGAUCGACGUGCACGUCCAGGUUCUCCAGGCCGAUGGCGGUGAGCUCGGUGCCAGCGUGAGCGCGGCGGGGCUGGCGCUGCUGGACGCGGGCGUGGCGCUGCGCGGGGCCGUGGUGGCCGGGUCGGCCGGGCUGGCCGAGCCCCCGGCCGGGCCCCCGGUGGCCCUGAGUGACCUGAGCGCGGCCGAGGAGGCGGCCGGGGGCCCCAGGCUGGCCGUGGCCACGGUGGCGGGCAGCGGGCAGCUGGCCCUGUGCCAGCUCAGUGCCCGCCUGCACCAGGAGCGGCUGCGGCCCGUGCUGGACGCUGCCCAGGCCGCCUGCCAGGGGCUGCACGCCGUGCUGGACAGCGUGGUGAGGGCCAGGCUGCGCCAGGACACCGCCAUGGAGCACUGAGUGACAGCCAGGACACUGCCAUGGGGCACUGAGUGACCACCCCAGGACACCACCAUGGAGCACUGAGUGACCACCCCAGGGACACUGCCAUGGAGCACUGAGUGACCACAGUGACCGCCCCAGGACACUGCCAUGGAGCGCUGAGUGACCGCCCCAGGACACUGCCAUGGAGCACUGAGUGACCGCAGUGACCGCCCCAGGACACUGCCAUGGAGUGCUGAGUGACCACAGUGACCACCAGGACACUGCCAUGGAGCACUGAGUGACCACCCCAGGACACUGCCAUGGAGCACUGAGUGACCACAGUGACCGCCCCAGGACACUGCCAUGGAGCACUGAGUGACCGCAGUGACCGCCCCAGGACACUGCCAUGGAGCAGUGACCAGCACAGUGACCACCAUGGGGACAUUGCCAUGGCACAGUGACCAGAGUGACCAGCAGAGACACUGCCAUGGCACAGUGACUGACCACUGGGACACUAAGGGGACAUUGCCACCGAGCAGUGACUGCUGCAGAGACACCACCAUGGCACAGUGACCAUAGUGACCACUAUAGAACAGUCAUUGACCACAGUGACCACUGUGGGGACACCAGGACACUGCCAUGGAGCAGUCACUGACCAGAGUGACCACUGUGGGGACACCAGGACAGCACCGUGGAGCAGUCACUGACCAGAGUGACCACUGUGGGGACAUGGCUGUGGAACAGGGACUGCCAUGGCACAGUGACCACUGUGGGGACACCGUGGGGACACUGCCAUGGCCGAGUGACCUGGGGGACCCUGUGGUGACCAACUGACCCCUGGGGGCUGCAGCAUCACACCACUGCAGUGACCGGUCCUGGGGACACUGCAGUGACCAGUCCUGGGGACACUGGGGCUGUGACCCUGCAGUGACCAGUCCUGGGGACCCUGUAGUGACCAGUCCUGGGGACCCUGCAGUGACCCUGGAGUGACCAAUCCUGGGGAGACACUGGGGACACUGGAAUGACCCUGCAGUGACCAAUCCUGGGGACACUGGGGCUGUGACCCUGAAAUGACCAGUCCUGGGGACCCUGGAGUGACCAGUCCUGGGGACACUGGGGACACUGGGGCUGUGACCCUGCAGUGACCAGUCCUGGGGACACUGGGGCAGUGACCAAUCCUGGAGGGACACUGGGGACACUGGAGUGACCCUGCAGUGACCAGUCCUGGGGACCCUGCAGUGACCGGUCCUGGGGACACUGGAGUGACCAGUCCUGGGGACACUGGAGUGACCCUGCAGUGACCAGUCCUGGGGACACUGGAGUGACCCUGCAGUGACCAGUCCUGGGGACCCUGCAGUGACCAGUCCUGGGGACACUGAAGUGACCCUGCAGUGACCAAUCCUGGGGACCCUGGAGUGACCAGUCCUGGGGACCCUGGAGUGACCCUGGAGUGACCGGUCCUGGGGACACUGGGGCUGUGACCCUGAAAUGACCAGUCCUGGGGACACUGGAGUGACCGGCACUGGGGACCCUGCAGUGACCAGUCCUGGGGACCCUGGAGUGACCCUGCAGUGACCAAUCCUGGGGGGACACUGGUGACCCUGGCGUGUGACCCUGUGUGUUUGGGGUGUCACCAUGGCAAUAAACGGGGGUGUGUCACUGUC